UCUGCCUCUGGGGCUGGAAGCAUCUGCCUCUGUCUCCUCUCUCUUGGGGGUUGCUGUGGGGCAGGAUCUAUGGGCUUUCCUGCGGUCCCCCUGCUGCUGCUGCUGGUGGGGGCUCUGCCCCGGAUCCCUGGAAGCGAAGGGGGGCAGGAGCCCCCCGCCCAUUUCUUGCAUCAGACGAAGUCCGACUGCCACUUCUUCAACGGGACGCAGCGGGUGCGGUUCCUGGCCAGGUACUUCUACGACCGGCAGGAGUUUGUCCGCUUCAACAGCGACGUCGGGAGGUUCGUGGCCGUCACCCCGUUGGGGCAGCGCUCGGCCGACAAUUGGAACCUCUGCCAGGACCUCCUGCAGUACGAGAGGGCCGCCGUGGACCGCUUCUGCCGAGAGGCCUACAGGGUGGGCAGCUACAGGGCAGACAAGACACGGCAUGUGGUUGGCCGGAGAAGGGG